AUGAAUAACGGCACACGAAGAGCUCUUACUGGUUCCAUACAUAAAAUAAGGGAAUUUGAAUUAGAAAAAGUAUGUUUGGUUGAAGAAUUCGAUAUUUUACAAAUAGUUGGUGAAGGAUGGUUUGGAAAAAUACUUUUAGUUGAACAUAGAGCAUCUGAUACAGAAAUUGUACUUAAGGCUUUACCAAAGCCUUACGUAUCGAUACGAGAUUUUUAUAGAGAAUUCCAUUAUGGUUUACAUUUAAGCGCACAUAAGAAUAUAGUCACGACAUUUGACGUUGCUUUUGAAACUGCUGGUUUCUAUGUAUUUUGUCAGGAAUAUGCACCUUUAGGAGACUUAACAUCCAACAUGCUUGAUACGGGUAUAGGUGAAAUACAUACAAAAAGGGUAGCAAAACAAUUAGCAGCUGCAUUAGAGCAUCUACAUCAAAGAGACUUGGUGCAUCGUGACGUUAAACUAGAUAAUAUUUUGAUAUUUAAAUCAGAUUUUUCAAGAAUAAAGCUAUGUGAUUUUGGAGAAACUAGAAAAUCACAAUCUGUUGUUAGAAGAAGAAAUGAGUGGUUGCCAUAUUCUCCGCCCGAAGUGUUACGUCUUUCUGUGGAUAGUACCUACAAAGCACUAAUAAGCCAUGAUGUAUGGCAGUUCGGCAUAGUUAUAUUUAUUUGUCUUACGGGCUGUUUGCCUUGGCAAAAAGCAGCUUUUGAUGAUCCUAGGUAUUUAAGCUAUUACAACUGGUAUAGUAGUGCUAAUCCACUAAAAAGGCAACCUAAACUAUGGAAAAUGGUUUCUUCAAAGGCGCAAAAAAUGUUUAAAAAGUUUGUGGAACCAAGAAUAGAAAAAAGAGCCUCAAAUUUUUCUGAAUUAUCUAGAUACGUCGACGAUAGGUGGAUGGCGAAAGGAUAUACAGAUCGAAUAGCGGGUGGAGAUAUAGAUGAACUUUGUCCAUCAAUGUAUAGUUUUCAUAGUGAUCCUAAUGAAAAGAAUACAUUAUUGAAACACUUUAGAGAGAAUGGCAUAGAAACUACAGUUGAUCGACAUGCAAAAAAACAGAGAAUUCGUGAAUGGAUUCAAAAUAGUGUAAUAGAAGAAGCUGAUGAAGAGGAAGAGAGUUCACAUGAACCAAAUGUUUAUGAUGACAGUGAUGUAGAAUUAGAAGAUAGAUCAAGACCACAUCCAAUUGAUGAGAGCCACAGGGUUACUCUUCGUUAUGAUACGGAAAAACAUAUUAAUCCAAGAACUGGGGAAACCAUUGAAGGUGUCAAUCGGUCGAACGACAGAAAUCCUCUUUCUUAUGAUGUUCAAAAUAUAGAACCAGUUGCACCAGCAAAUGUAGUAAGGAAAUAUGGAGUUAAAGAGGAAUCAUCUUAUCGUAGUUCUACAAAAGACAGCGCUUACGGAUCUAUGGAAACUUCAAAUAAAAAUAUAAUGAAUAAAGCGGACAGCAAGCAUACUUUGCAAUCAGAGAGAACUUCUAACAAUUCUAGAUCGAGAUCACAAAGUGCAAUAUCUCUUCAGAAUGCAACAUCAGUGUCUACUCACGUACAAAGAUUUCAAAAAAGUGAAGAAGUUUUCUCUAAAGAGUUAGAAAGUAUGAAAGGAAGUACGUCGACGCUUCAUUCUGCUGGAAAUUCAUCAAGGUCUAAUAGUCUCCACGUAACGCGAAAUAGUUCACUUGAAAGUGCUAACCCAAAUGAUAUUAUCUCUGAAAAUGAAAAUCCUAGUACUUCGAAAUCCAAUCCCGUUAUAACACAAAACGGUUUUAGCCCAGGUCAGAAAAACCUAAAUGAAUCUACAGAGAAUUCUCAGAACACCAACUUCAAAACUAUCUUAAAAUUCAUCGACUUAAAGAUUAAACAACAGAAAACUUAC